AUGAGCGCCCGUGAUCGCUCGCGUGGGCCCCCCUCUGGCGACUUUGUACCGCAUAGGGAGCCCCGUCGUGUGGGCAAUGGCGGAUUCACGGGUCCGGGUGAGGCGACAACGUCAAGAGCUGAGAAAUUUGAGGAUGAAAAGAGACGAAUUAUUCAGAGUUGUUUCUCGAAAAAGGAUAGUGACGGCUCAUGUGCGUAUACGCUUGCUUUCUGCCUUUCGCAAAUCAUCAACCCCUACCUGGUUCUGGCGGAGAGACUUCGGGAGUAUUUUGAUCUUGAGCUCCCUCUUCCCUUCCGUUCGCAGUUCUGGUUUGCUACAACAGUGGUUGAGUCGUACAUCACACACAUUCGCAUCACAGAAGAUGCCGCAUAUCCGUCUACCCCCGCGCCGCCCAAUUCACCUCCUGAGAACAAGAAGGUUCGAGUGAUAGUCGUUGCUGUCCGAAGGUCCGGAAGAGUUCGUAUGCACAAAGCUCGAGAAAACAAUGAUGGCACAUUUUCUAUUGGUAAGACUUGGAUGCUCGAUGAUCUGUCUGCUGUUCAGUCAUAUACCGGAUUUGUUCCCUCAACGCCAAUGGAGCAACAACAUAAGCAAUGGGCUGCUACUGUUGGCUUUGUGGUGACAGUGGGGAAACCUUACUACUGGCAUGCUCGAAGCUCCAAGGAGAAGGAUUUCUUCAUUGGCAGCCUCGUGAAGAUUUACAGAAAAUAUACCGGCGGGAAACUCCCAAACCUUAUUGGAUUUGACGAUCGUGAACGACAACUGCUUGCCGGGACGCCGUCUCCCGGGCCGCCCGGGUCGAGAGGUGGUGGUCUCCCUGGCGCUGAGAGAGCCUUCCCCGUGCCUCGAUCACCGUCUUCGCAAGGCAGUCGCCCUCAGUCGCCAUACACCGGUCGCGCACCCAGCCGUGACGGACCCAGGGAGUUCCGACGGCAGCCCUCCGAAGAACAAGUUCUACGAGCCCAGAGAAGCCGAGACCAGAUGCAAAGGCCGUCCACCAGCCAUUCUGGAAGAGUGCCUGCACCUUCGCCAUUAGGGCCGUCUCCACAACCACUGCCAGCAUUCUCCCCUGAUCACCGUGAUCAGCCUCCUCCGCGUUCGAAUGAGCGUCUAACGACAGAAAACCGGGUCCCCAAGGUACCUGUUUUGGCUCCUCCAGAACCAAGGACCAAAGAAGUUCCCAGUAGCUUGUCUAUCUCUACACCGUUGUCGCAUGUCAAGUCAGAUGCUAGUAUUCAAGCUAGUGUCAGCCUAGAUACGCGACCCCCGCCGCUGCCAGACAGUCAGGUUCCAUCUGAGCCAAAUCCCGUUCUUCAAACUGAGGAACCAAGUUCCAGUUUGCGCGAUGUCGGCCACAACAAGGACAUUCCCGCUGGUACCCCAGGCUCGACAUCAACCGAAAAAUCUAAACUUGCGCAACCUGCGGCAAGUGGCCUGGACUUGGACAAACCUUUGAAUCCAAGUAUGGAAAAAUUAUCAAUUCGGGAGGCGCAGGAAGACCAAUCACUUGGACCGGUCGCCAUGCAGGCCCCUGAUAUACCGCCCGCGUUGCGACCAGCUUCAUCGAGAAGUGACAACGUACCUAAACCAUCAGUCACCCCUGAGGCUCCCGAGACGAUACCUCCCCUUGCUCCCCUUCAGACAACAGAACCGAGCGGCCCACCGGCAGAGAAAUUACCAAGCCCUCCUGUUCUCAGCUCCCCAGAGUCUUACAAAUCUGUAGAGGAAGAGAUGGAUGCACACCGACCAGGACUUGGACCGAUGAUCAAGAAGAAACCAAGUAGGGAUAUUGCGGGGGCAUUUCGCAAAGCUGCUACUGCAUAUGGGGCAUUCAGACCCCGACCCGGUGGCGCUGGUGAAAGAUUACUGGCAGCAGCGAAAAAACAACAAAGUAUGUCUGAUGAACCGGAUGGUAUUACCGGCGUUAUUCCUGCACCCUCUCUCCGGGUUGGAAACGAGCCAGCCAGUGCGACUGCUUCUGCACCUGGUACGCCGGACAAGGAGGCACCGCCGCCCCUUCCAUCACCCGUCAAAGAAUUACCAUCUCCUGUAGUGCCGACUGUAGUGGAGCCACCGACGGUUGAGAUUACGCAAGCCGUCGCCGACGAUGCUGCAACGACCAUAACGGUGACCGAGGAUGAAAUGAGGGACAGUGCUCGAGAUGCGGUCAAAAUCCCCGCCGAUGAAAGAGCAAGAUCCGUUUCUCCUUCACCCAACGGCCGCCGCAGACGCCGGGAGGACAAUACGAUCAAAUACUGUCAGGCUCUGGGAAUCGAAACCGGCAUCCUAGAAGGGCGAGGAGUCGAUUUCGAUGACAUCUUGACUGAUCUUGGCUGGAAUGGUCGCUUGAACGACGAGAAAAAGAUUGAGGAUCUCGAAGCGGACAUUCGCCGCGAGAUAGGACGUGUCGAGGCUACGAGCUGGCUUGGAAACCUCGAGCAGCAGGAAGGCAAGGUCGACCAACUUGCAAAGCUAAUUGAAAGAACCAUUGAAGAGUGCGAAGAGCUAGAGGGCUUGCUAACUUUGUAUUCGCACGAACUCAACACUUUGCAUGACGAUGUCUCGUAUAUUGAGACUCAAUCCCAAGGUCUGCAAGUGCAAACUGCAAACCAGAAAUUGCUUCACAAUGAGCUUCAGAACCUUCUGAAAACGCUGUCCAUAUCUUCUGCUGAUCUGCAGCCAUUGAAAGAGUCCUCGCUCAGCAAUCCGGAUGGUCUGAGAGACACUGAAAUGGCAUUGUCGACCCUUUACAAAGCGAUGGUGAUGAUCGAUCCGGACGUUUGGCAAAACAAGAAGCGGUUGGUGGAUGCUGCUGGGGAACAAGGAAGUGUUGGGGUGUAUGCCGAUACCGAAAUCGGGCAAAUGCGCGCGAUCAAGGAAAAGAAGGAGGAGUAUCGCGCGCAGUCUCGGAUGUUCCUGCAGCGGCUUCGCCAGUUUAUGGCCAUCGCCUACAAGGUAGCCGAGCAGAAGAGGAUCGAUGCAGCAGCCAAUGGGUCUAAAGACAGUCUCAAGUUGGACAGCGAGGCUCGAGCCUUUUUCCGCCAGGAGCUAUGGAUGUACAGUGCCUUGACACUCUUUGCCAGAGAGGUCAGUGCGCCGGAAUGGCAGGGGUUGAUCAAUCUCUACGAACAACAAGCCAAGCUGCCUUACCAGAAUGAAUUCCGGGACAAUGCCUUAGCGUGGAAGAGAGCCGCCCGAAAGCCUACUGGGGAGGAACAGGAGCUUCUCUUCACCCACCAGGAGAAAGAAAAGGAGAGCGAGGGGAUUACAAUGGCAGCGCGCAAGUUGACUGUGCGCAGAGGUAAGACCAUGCGGGCCGCCGCUGGUCUGAGGCUCUCAUUCGGGGAGAAGCAACAUGGGAAGUUAGAGCCCUUUGAAGUAUUUGCCGGCACUUUGCAUGAGACCCUGAACAUGAUCUCCGAAGAGCAGAACUUUAUCAUUCUCUUCUUCCACUUGAGCUCGCUGGCUCAUGUUGAGUUCCCUGACCUCGUGGCUUCUGGGAACCCGGAUGAGCGCCCCCUACCUGAUUUCAGGGCCCGACAAUCGCAUGACCCUGACCGUGGGAUGGCCCGGAAAGUUGAGCAGAUCAUGGACGAGGUCUACUCGUUCUGGUCCAGUGACAUGCAGAAUCUGGUGGACUGGGCCCUUAAAUCCGAUCCUCUACAAGGGAUUGGAAUCCUAUCCGCCCUGGAGAAGGCGAUGUCGGACUUUGACGACACGAACCAAGAGUUCAUCAUUCAUUGUCUUCAGAAGCUGCACUCUCGUCUCAACGGGCUGUUUAAUCGGUUUGUGGAUGAACAGAUUCGCGGCAUCGAGGACACCAAAGUCAAGGUCAACAAACGCAAGGGUGUCAUCUCGUUCAUGCGAGUCUUCCCGCACUUUUCGGCGGCGGUGGAGAACAUGCUCUCCCAGCCGAACCAGGAAUUCUUUGACAUCCGGGUGAGUGUCCACGAUGCUUACGACCGCAUCAAUCGGGCGAUGUGGGAGUCCCUGAAGUUUAUCGCCAAAGAGGCCCCGACCGGAGCCGGGGCCACUGGUGGGGAUCACGAGGACAAAGAAGUCUUGAAUUAUCACAUCCUCCUCAUUGAGAACAUGAACCAUUAUAUUGAAGAGGUGGACGUGCGGGGCCUUCCGGUAUUGGAGAGAUGGCGGGACCGGGCACACCAGGAUUACGAGGAGCAUCUGAAACUGUAUCUGGACCUGGUGAUCCAUCGGCCCCUGGGCAAACUGCUCGAGUUCAUUGAGUCUACCGAAGGACUGAUGGCCGGCGGUGGGAACCCAGCAGACAUCUCCAGUCGCCCCAGCCACACGCGCUCGGUGGCGAAGAAGGUCUUGGCGAUGUAUGAUGGCAAGGAGAUUCGGCGGGGCAUUGAACUGCUGAAGAAACGGGUGGAGAAGCACUUUGGCGAUGGCGACGAUACGGGACUCAGUCGGAGCCUCGUGAUGAAGGUCCUUCACGAGUGCGAACGCCGGUAUGAGGAAGUGUAUGAUCGGACCCGACGGGUGCUGGAUGCGGUAUACGAAGGACAGCUUGAGCUGGAAUGGCGCAAGGAGGACGCGAUAGCGAUGUUCAAGCGAUGA